GGGAGCUUGGAGACGCAGAAGUCCACGGAAGGGGCGGAAAGGGCAGCGGGUUCUCGGAGGCCGCGCCGGGCCGCGCAGCCUGUGGACACUAGGGGGCGCCGCGCUUCUGCGCAGGAGCCGACACAUCCUGGGGCGGGGCUGCGGCGGGCGGGCGGGCGCGCGCGCGCGCGCACGCGCCGUGUGUCACGGGGCAGGGCGAGCGCGGUGAGGCGCUCCCGGCCUGGCGUCCUGGUUUCGCAGACCCUGCCGUCUCUCCUGCCCCGGCCCGACUCACCCUCAUGUACCGCGCGCUGUACGCGUUCCGCUCGGCGGAGCCCAACGCGCUGGCGUUCGCCGCGGGCGAGACCUUCCUGGUUCUGGAGCGCAGCAGCGCGCACUGGUGGCUGGCGGCGCGGGCGCGCAGUGGCGAGACGGGCUACGUGCCGCCCGCCUACCUGCGCCGCCUGCAGGGCCUGGAGCAGGAUGUCCUCCAAGCCAUUGACAGGGCCAUUGAGGCUGUGCACAAUGCAGCCAUGCGGGAUGGUGGCAAGUACAGCCUGGAGCAGCGCGGGAUCCUCCAGAAGCUGAUCCACCACCGGAAAGAGACCCUGUCCCGCAGAGGCCCCUCAGCCCCCAACCCUGCAGCUAUGACCCCGUCCACCAGUGACCACCACCUGGAUGCUGCUGCUGCCAGGCAGCCCAAUGGGGUGUGUAGAGCUGGAUUCGAGCGGCAGCACAGCCUGCCCAGUUCUGAGUAUCUUGGGGCAGAUGGAGGCCUCUACCAGAUCCCACCACAGCCUCGCCGAGCAGCACCCGCCACGCCACCCCCACCUGUGAAGCGCCGAGACCGCGAGGCCCUACUGGCCUCGGGGAGUGGCGGCCGCAACACCACACCCUCUGGGGGCAGUUCUGUGUCCAGCGGCUCCUCUGUCAGCAGCACCUCCCUUGACACACUCUAUACCGGCUCCAGCUCAUCGGAGCCAGGCCCCAGCUGCUCACCCACGCCCCCACCUGUGCCCCGCCGAGGCACGCAUACCACUGUGUCCCAAGCUCAGCCCCCUCCCUCCAAGGUGCUAAACUCGGAGCCCCCUACAGAGGAGGCAGCAGUUGAUACAGCCCCAGCCCCUGAUGAGCUGGAAGCCCUGGGUGCACUGAGCCUGGGGACCACAGAAGAGAAGGCGCUGGCUGAGACUGCUGUGCCCAGGACCAUUGGGGCAGAGCUGAUGGAGCUCGUGCGGAGGAACACCGGCCUGAGCCACGAGCUGUGCCGAGUGGCCAUUGGCGUCGUGGUGGGUCACAUCCAGGCCUCAGUGCCGGCCAGCUCACCUAUCAUGGAGCAGGUCCUCCUCUCACUGGUAGAGGGCAAGGACCUGAGCACUGCCCUGCCCUCAGGGCAGGUCUGCCACGACCAGCAGCGGCUGGAGGUGAUCUUUGCAGACCUGGCCCGGCGGAAGGAUGACGCCCAGCAGCGCAGCUGGGCCCUGUAUGAGGACGAGGGUGUCAUCCGCUGCUACCUGGAGGAGCUGCUGCACAUUCUGACGGAUGCAGACCCUGAAGUUUGCAAGAAAAUGUGCAAGAGGAAUGAGUUCGAGUCUGUCCUGGCCUUGGUGGCCUAUUACCAAAUGGAGCACCGGGUGUCGCUGCGGCUGCUGCUCCUCAAAUGCUUCGGCGCCAUGUGCAGCCUGGACGCAGCCAUCAUCUCCACACUAGUGUCAUCUGUGCUGCCUGUGGAGCUGGCGCGGGACAUGCAGACAGACACGCAGGACCAUCAGAAACUCUGUUACUCUGCCCUCAUUCUGGCCAUGGUCUUCUCCAUGGGGGAGGCAGUGCCCUAUGCACACUAUGAGCACCUGGGCACACCCUUCGCCCAGUUCCUGCUGAGCAUCGUUGAGGACGGGCUGCCCUUGGACACCACCGAGCAACUGCCGGAUCUCUGCAUGAAUCUACUUCUGGCUCUCAAUUUGCACCUGCCAGCCCCUGACCAGAACUUCAUCAUGGCCGCUCUGAGCAAACACGCCAAUGUCAAGAUCUUCUCCGAGAAGCUACUGUUGCUCCUGAACAGAGGGGAUGACCCCGUGCGCAUCUUUAAGCAUGAACCUCAGCCGCCACACUCCGUCCUCAAGUUCCUGCAGGACGUGUUCGCCAGCCCCGCCACAGCUGCCAUCUUCUACCACACGGAUAUGAUGGCGCUCAUCGACAUCACCGUGCGGCACAUCGCGGACCUGUCGCCUGGAGAUAAGCUUCGCAUGGAGUACCUCUCCCUGAUGCACGCUGUGAUCCGCUCCACACCCUACCUACAGCACCGCCACCGGCUCCCCGACCUGCAGGCCACACUGCGACGCAUCCUAACCGAGGAGGAAGCCUCGCCCCAGUGUCAGAUGGACCGCAUGAUUGUCCAAGAGAUGUGCAAGGAAUUCCCGGUGCUGGGCGAGGCCCCCAGCUAGCACCUUCUUUUCCUCCCUUCCCUGCAGCCCUGGGUAGGGUGCAGGGGACUCGGAGGCUUGGCCCUAAGAAUGUUUUGCACUGACAGUGUGAGGGGCGGUGAUGGUGGAAGGGACCUAAGCAGGGGCCCCCACCUGAAAUAGAGCUAAUGAGAGGGGCCAAGCGCAGGAUUAGGGACCACGCGCUGGGAGCUAUGCUGGGGCAGGGGGAGUGUAAACUGAAGCCCCUCCAUCUCCCGCUGGGCUGCCUCUUCAGCAUGCCUCCCCACCCCAUACACGUGCACACUCAGAGUCCUGCUGCUGCUCCAGGCUGGGCCAGAGCCCUCAUCCCCCGCGCCCACCUGGUCUGUGUCCUGGGCUUCAGCAAGCCGUGUCCCUGGGGUGAGAGGAGGCACGUUCCGCCAGCUCUGUUCUUUGCCUUAGCUUCACAGUGAGUGCUGCUCAUGUGCUCUGUCCCCCCAGCCGCCACCCCGUGGGGGUCUCUGCCCCCACUCCAGCCCCCAGAGGUCUUGGCCAAGCUGCUUCUUUGAAAGCAGAGUCUUAGAGACAGGCCAUCCACCCUGGAGCCUCACAGAAUGAGGUGAUGGCACUGAUAAAGCCAAUGACAGAAUCUAUUUUCUCUGUAAAAACGUAGACUGAAAAGCCAUGUGUAUUUUCCUAUGUGCUGCAGCUCAGCUUGGAAAUAAAUCACAGGCAUCUGGAAACAGGCUUCCCUGUAUGAUCCUGAGUGGUGGUGGGAGAGGAUGGUCAGGGGCACUGGGGCCUCAGGACCUCGUCACUAGCUUGCCCUGUCCUCUCCAGCCUGAGGAGGUGAUGGUCCCUAACAGGCCUCUCCAUCGAGGUCCCUUGAGCCCUGUUCCAGCCUCUCUUCCCACUUCUUCUGGGCCACAGCCACAGCCACUGAGAGCCCCAUGGUCCAUUUGCAGGUGACUGCCCCUCGAGGCUUCACUUACAUCUUUCUUUGCCUUGAAUGCUGUGUCUGUCUCCCCUGUUGAAACCCUAUAUCCUUUAUACCUGUUCUCAAAUUAAGCGGCUCCUAUCCAAGCCCUGGCCUCCCUGAACUCUUAGGGCUGCCCAACUGUUUCCCUUCCUUAUUUGUCUUCCUCUGGAUCCAGCGAGGUUCCCUCAUUUUGCAGCCUUAGCGGAGAUUUGGUAAUUACAGUAGGACAAAAAGAAUACCUCAACAAGUGUGGGGUUAGUUGUGCACUGUUUGAGGGGAAUCAGAGGCCAACGUUGAGCAAAAAACUUUUUCCUCGUGGGCUCCCCAGUUAACUAAGGCUGUCACCAUAAGUUGGGGAAGAGAGUCAGAACCUGUAGGCAGACACCAGGCAGCAGUGGUUUCCAUCAGUUCCCUUCAGUUUGUUACCCAAGAUGAUUCUCAUCAGAUUCCACACAUCCAGAAUCACUGAUGCUGUGACUUCUCGCCACGACUUUUCCUUUCUUAAUGGGGUGCUGAAGGCAGAGGGCUUUUACUCUCAGCAGAACGGACUACGGCAAGAAGCCCAGCAAGGCCAGUCCAGGGGUGGGGUCCCAGGGAAACAGGUCCAUGGGAGCAAAGCACAGGAGGCCAGCAGGGAGAUGUCCUUCCUGACCUGUUGACUCUUCCAGAAGUUUAAGUGCACAGGCUCACCUGGACCUGAGGAGGAGCUGACACAGUUGUCUGCAAGAAAGCUCUGUGUGGUACAACCUGGUCACUUCAUCCUGGAGGCAUCUGCCUCCCUUCCACAGACGGAAUCAACAACGCUGACUUCCAGGUACAGCUCCUUUCUCAUUGGAGUGCUGAAGGCGGAGAACCAUGGUUCUCCUCCUGAGAGCAAGUAACUCAGUGAUAAGCACAGGUCCUCAGGAAGCUGAGGCAGGAACAUUUGAUAGCCUCUGUGCCUUGCUCUGUUUGCUGUUAGGCUGCACACACUGACCUCGUGGGAAAAGCAGGGCAGUGCUUUGCCAUCUGUCCUAGUGCUGGCCCCCGUGAGAAACGAAGUGCAGCCCCGUGGCUGGAAGAUCAGAGCCCCUGCCCACUUCUGUGUGAUUGUCCAGGGGACCCUUGCAUGUGUUUGUAAGGAGACACUCAGAAGGGCCAGGACUCCAGGACCGUCAAUAAACACGUUGAUGGUGUCUCACCGCACAGAAUUAAAGCUACCAAGGACAAUGACUAGCCAGAGAAUUCCUCAGGGAAGGAACUGUCUGAGAGAAUACCUCUGACUGCUUGGAAGGAUGGUAGACGUGGAUGUGGUUAGGCAGGGGAAAGGGCAAAGAGAGAGAAAACUAAGGCACUCAAAGAAGGGAGUGACAGGGUGGGGCUGAGGAAAACUCAAAUUUUGAGGGGCAGUGAGGGCUGGGCGUUUGGGCCAACCUCUGGGCUAGAAGUGGGUCCCUACAGGUGUGGUACCAUGUCUGUGGGACAUGUCUGAGUACAACAUGCUACAUGUGCAUAAGGCAACUCCCGGGUAAGGGGUUGGGUGAAGACCACCUGCCUGCUCAGUCCCCAAAAGAUACAGACUGAGGCUCCAAGUAUGUGAGGAUAACCUUUUCUUUUUCUCUCUUAUUUAAUGGAAGAAUAACAUACUAUGAAAGCUACAGUAUGCAAAGAGUACAGCUAAUGAAUUAUGACAGAAGAUGCUAAUGUAGUCACCACCCAGUGUCACUAGUUCCCAAAGCCCACUGUGCACCCCUCUCAUUCACCAACUCCUUCCUUCUCCCCAGACCUCUUCCCUAGAGGUAAUUACUGAUAAGUUUUGCCUGUUUUUGAACUUUAUAUAAAUAGAAUCAUAUAGA